UUCGUGCGAAAGAGAAUUACAACGUCCCUAAAAUCUUUUUAGUUCUUGCAACUUUAAUCAUCAGAAAAUUCGAAAAACAUGUUCCGACUUUUUGUGACGAUCGCCGCAUUCGCUGUGCUGAUCAACGCGGAAUUGCGAAGAAUUUCGUUAUACAAAACAAACUCUAUUCAAAGAUCGAUUGGCAUCGAUCGUCGACAUCGUUUAGUUAGAAGUGUUAGCGUUUUAAGGGAACAUUUAUUUAAUGAUGACGAUGUUUCGUACUACGGCUUUAUCACAAUCGGAACUCCACCGCAGAAGUUUAAAGGACACAUAAUAGAUAUGAAUACGAAAAAUCUAGUACAUACUGGUAAGGUGUCUGGAUAUUUAUCUAUGGAUGUAGUGAAUAUUGCUGGCGUUAAUAUUCAAAAUCAAACAUUCGGGGAAGCAAUAAGCCAAUUGGGAAUCGCCUUGUUAUAUGCAACAUUCGACGGUAUCUUGGGAAUGGGAUACCCCGAAGGAGUAGUUGCCACAGGAAUGACUCCCGUUUUUAAUAACAUGAUUAAACAAGGCUUGGUGGAGCCAGUUUUUAGUUUUUAUCUAAAUCGGCAUGUAUUAUUCUUUAUGCGCUACGGAAAUUCUAUGUCCAAAUUUGCUGGUGAACUGAUAUUGGGUGGCUCCGAUCCCAAUCAUUAUUUAGACGAGCUUACAUAUGUUAAUAUUACUCAUAAAGGAUACUGGCAAUUUACGAUGGAUAAGAUUCAAAUAGGACAUAGCAGUUUGUGCUCGAAUAGCUGUGAAACUAUUGUCGACACGGGUACUAAUAUGUUAAUUGGACCACUAUUGGAUAUUGAAAUUAUUAACGAACUGAUCGGAGCUACUUAUAUUAACGAAAAAAUAAUUGUGGACUGCAGUAGGAUUCUUUACUUACCCAAUAUCACUUUCUUCAUAGGUGGUAAAUCAUUCGAAGUCACUCCUACAGAUUAUAUUUAUUCCAUUACAGAGAACGAUACUAUGGAAUGUAUAAGCGCUUUUGAGAGUCUACAUUCCAAUGAUGAAUAUGUGGAAUCAAUAUGGAUUUUGGGAAAUGUAUUUAUACGUCGAUACUUUAUCGAGUUCGACAUGAAGAACGACCGGAUCGGAUUUGCUUCUAAGAACUAAUAAGAAAUUCGUAUCUUUUUACAGUAUCUUUUUAAACAAUAUGUUUCGACUUUUCAUAGUAAUCGCGACACUCGUCGUGCUGAGCAACUCGGAAUUAUUGAGAUUGCUGGCAUUAGUGUUCUAAAUCAAACAUUCAUAGAAGUGAUAGAGAUGGAUCCGGCUUUUUCUAUUCUGAAAUUCGAUGGAAUCUUAGGAAUGGGUUAUCCAGCGAUAUCUAUGAAAGGAGUGCUACCCGUUUUCACCAACAUGAUUGAACAAGGCCUAGUGAUAAUAAUGAAUUAUGAUACAACUUUAUGUGUGAACUGUGAAGCUAUCAUACACACUGGUUUUUCGGGAAUAUCAGGACCAGCAUCGGAAAUCGCAGUUAUUAACAAACAGAUUGGACCACUUUAUCGUGGUGGACAAACAAUUGUGGAUUGUAACGACAUUCAUAAUUUGCCCCACAUAUAUUUCGUUCUAGGUGGUCAAAUAUUUCUAUUUUCUAGUGAAGAUUAUAUAGACGUGAAAGUGAUUGCUGGCGUUAAUGUUCAAAAUCAAAUAUUCACAGUAGCGAUAACACGGGAUCUGACAUUUGCCUUUCUGUCAUACGACGGAAUUAUAGGAAUGGGAUACCAAGAGAUAUCUACAAAAGGAAUAACUCCCGUUUUCACCAAUAUGAUUGAACAAGAACUAGUGGUAAAAAUGAAACAUAUGAGUUUCUGUGUGGAUGGCUGUGAAGCUAUCGCUCACACUGGUUUUCCGGGGCUAUCUGGACCAGCAUCAGAAAUCGAAUUUAUUAACAAUGAAUUGGAUUCAUUAAAACGAGUUGGAAUUGAACUGAUUGGAAACGAUUGGGUGGACUGCAAUCAGAUUUCUGAGUUGCCCAAUGUUACUUUUGUUCUGAGUGGUAAACCAUUCGUACUUACUGCAAAUGAUUACAUUCAUACGAAAAUGAUUUAUUUAAAUACAUCGAGUCGCGAUAACGCAAAAGCGUCACAUAGAAAAUAUAAUAGCAAUAAGUCCCACACGUACAUAGAAGUUGGUACUUAUAUCGGACUUGAUUACGCGGUUGGUGAGCUUACUGGAUACUUAUCUACUGAUAUAGUGAAUAUUGCUGGCGUUCGUGUUCAAAAUCAAACAUUUACAGAAGCGGUAACACUGGAUCCGGCUUUUACCUUUAUGGCAUACGACGGAAUCUUAGGAAUGGGUUAUCCUGAGAUGUCUACAAAAGGAGUGCCUCCCGUUUUCACCAGCAUGAUUGAACAAGGCCUAGUGUUGGCACCUAUUUUUAGUUUUUAUCUGAAUCGGCAUGUAUAUCUUUUUAUUUCUAAAAAUAUUCUUUCACUUGAACGAAAUGAUUACGGUAGUCAACUGAUAUUGGGUGGUUCCGACCCCACUUAUUCUAACACUGAGUUCACUUAUGUUAAUGUAACCCAUAAAGGAUACUGGAAAUUUGCUAUCGAUAAGAUUAAAAUGGAACAUGUGAUUUUAUGUGCGAAUGGCUGUGAAGCUGUCGCCCACACUGGUUUUCCGGGGUUAUCUGGACCAGCAUCAGAAAUCGAAAUUAUUAACAACAAAUUGGAUUUAUUUAAACAAGUUGGAAUUCCUCAUUAUGGCGGAGAAAUAUUUGUAAGUACAUGA